AUGGCCGACUCACCUCGCACCGGCACUCCUCCCGCUCGCAUUCCCGGCGCAAAGGGCCCGCAGAUGCAGAUGCGACGACGCGCCGCUGCGCUCAACGGCAAGAAGGACGACGUGCCCCAUUCGGCGCGGGCGGCAGGACACGGCGGGAGCUCGAGCACGAUGAUGAAGCUGUACACGGACGAGGCGCCCGGUCUCAAGGUCGACCCCGUCAUCGUCCUAUCCCUCGCAGUCGUCUUCAUCUUCAGCGUCGUCAGCCUGCACCUCCUGAGCAAGCUCGUCCGCUUCUUCACCAAGUGA